UCGCUACCCUGCAAACGUACAAAAUAUCUGAGAAGAUCGCUUCUUGUUUUGUGGGGUGAUCAGAAAAAAAUCAUGAGCGCGCUCAAGAGAUAUCAGAGCAAAGUGUUCUGGGACCAAAUGGCCUCGCGGGACUUGAAAGACGAUCACUCGGUGGGAAGAAAUCCGAAGAGCGACAAUUUUGAAUCCCUUUUCCGUGAGGAAGACACCGAGAGAGGAGGAGAAGAUUCGACCGGCAAGUCGGAAAACGACACAGUGGACAGCGGCGAUAUCACUGCGAUACGUAUCUGCAAAAGUCCCGAUGAGGAUGCGAAACAAAACGCGCGUCGAAUUACGUCGAUACGCGACGAAAGUGCUGCGUGUGGAAGAAUGGAAGAAACGAAGAAGGAAGAAAAGCACAAAGUCGUUUCGAGAUCCUGCAGUCCUUUGAGCCAGGAUCUAAAAAGUCAGGAUUCCGGAUUUUCCGACUCCGAGAGAUCGGACUGUACGGAGGCUUACGAAAACGCGACUCCGAGACAGAAAUCGAGACGGAGGAAGAUAAGAGAGUGGAAAUUUCACUUGAGGAUCGCUUCACCGUGGUCGGAAGAGAUAUCUCCUCCGAAUCCGAAACACACAUCCACGCCGAAAGACUCGAGGAUAUUCCAGACGAUGAAAAAUCGUCUUGGGAGACGCGCGGAGAGCUCGUCGCGAGGACGAAGGAGCAUCGACGAGACGCGGGCCAAUGCACCACUCUCGUCCGUCGGAUCGCUGGAGGGGCUGGGCGAUUUUCUGUACGCCUCCGAGCCGCCGGAAGACAGCGUUCAGCGGCCGGCGAGCGCGAAAUCGCCGGUUUCCACCGUCGAUUCCGCCGCGAUAUCCGCCGGCAGGGACGUGUUGAAAUCCAGAAAUUAUCGCCAAUCGUCGUCCAUGAGAGCCUGGCUGACCGAUCUCGCCAUCGAGACCGAGAACGAGUGCGGCAACGCUCUGCAGAGCAAGAAUCUGCCGCGCAGGAGAGCACUGGUGGUAUCCGGGGAGGCACACGUGCGCGAUCUCAAGAUGAUGUCCUCCGCGGCCACCGCAGCCGCGAGCAAACUCUUGGCUGACGCCGAGCAGUUUGAGCAACAUUAUCGCAACAUUGUCGAGAAAAUAACGCGCCUGGAAGGUGGCCGAUCCGAGAUGGGGCUUCUCCGCAGCAUCGAGGAAGCCGCGUUCGCGAUCCUCUCGCAAUUGGGAGCGCCUCCUCCGCGGCGAAUUCAACAGGGCGGCCUGAGGAGCAUCCUCGCGCAACUGCAAAACAUGAAGACGUAUGUCGACGGCACGAUCGACGCGCGUUUGGAUUUUUACAUAGAGAAAAUCGUCCGCGGCCUGGAGGAGGCGCCGCGCGAAGACAGCGGCAUAGCCCGCGGCGCUCUGGCAGCUUUGACCGCCUUGGGAUUGUCGGAUUGCCGCGCGGGAAGCAGCAUAGCCCGGUGCUCCGGGGUAAAGGCGCUCUUGACGUGUCUGAUCAGCGCACGAGAUCCCUCGUGCGACUUGGUCGCGGUCUCGCUGCGCGCUCUGGCCAGCGUAUGCUCGUCGACGACCGCCAUCGAGUACUUCGUCCGCGACGGCGGCCCGGAGAUUCUCACGGACCUGCUGGAGGUGGAAUCCACUCGCGAGAAGGAGAAGACCGAGGCCGCCGCCUUGGUGGUACAGAUCACCGCGCCGUGGACCAACGCGAUAGGUCUGCCUCACCUCGAGCCUUUCGCCGGCUCCUUGAUACCGGCGCUGAACCGGCUGCUUGACAACACCAGCUGCGCCCAGACGCUGCUGUUGACGGCCGCCGCACUCAACAACAUGUCCAAGUCGCGAUUGUGCAGCGAAGUCAUCUUGGCGGAGGACAGCGUGAGGAAGCUACUGAGAAGCGUGAAGAAAUCCGCCACCGGCGGCAAUGUCUGGCUGAUGGAACAGGUGGCCGCGCUGAUCGGCGAAUUGGCGCGCACUCCCGCCGGCCGAGCGCACCUGGCGAAGGUGCGCGCCUCCGUGGCGUUGGUUUCCUUCCUAAGGAUGAGACCUCCCGGCCUGGAGGACGCGUACCAACGGCUGGAGGUCACCGCUGCCGCCGCGCUCACCAGACUCUGCGUGGAGCCCGAAAUCGCGCGACAAGUGGUCGCGGUCGGCGGCGCCGACUGUCUACCGGCGGAAACGGAGAAGGACGAGGUCGAAGCGGGCUUGUUGAGAUACACCAGGUCGCUGAGGCGAGCGUGCAAGAAGGCGGCGAGGCAAAUCGGGAUCGCGAAGGCCAAGGAUAGCAGCGCGUUGGAUUGAGGGUGGACAGUGAAAGGUCGUGCGUGGUAAAAGGCUGUAAAUACACACACACACACACAUAUAUAUAUAUUGUACAACAAUAAGCUGUAAUUACAAUUUACAUUACAUUUAUAAUGUAAAAGUACUGUCUCGUUGUUAGGAAGAAAUGUACAGAUAUGUGGCGGUCGAACCUCGCGCGCCGUCACCGGCGGCGCCACCGCCCAGAGCGGCCUCACAUACGCGAAAACAAGUUCUGCAACCGCGCCCGGUCUUCUGACCGGCUCGAGCGCCAUCCGGCUUUUCCGGCGCGUCGCGCGCACCGCCGGAACCACGCGAGGGUCACGCGACACCAAACGACGGCCAAGCACGUGUUCUGUGGCGCGAUCGUGUUCUGUUUCGAAGCGUCCCGGCGGUCGUGCCAGGACCCCAGCUCGCUCUCUUCCUUCUCGGACUCUGGACAACACGGACGUGAUCGUGAGUGUUCCUUGCUGUCCACUCUUGUACGUUCCGCUACCGACACUACGAACUAGUGCGUGCCAGUGCCUUCGUUCCGUCGCUCGCGAUUCCGCGUCAGCCCGCGGGUGCGAGUGACCUCGCGACGCUCCCUCGUCGCCGAUCGCUCCCGCGACCGUCGCCCUCCGACCUCCGUCGCGAUCGCCGCCCUCGCGACGCCUUGAGCGGCCUGCGUCUCGUAUCUCUCCCUGCGUGAGAAAAAAGAGCCGGCUCCGCGUCCUAGCGGGCCGAAUUCACUGUAUAUAGCGUUCCGAUUUCUGCGUCUCACGUUGCGGCCAUUUCGUUCAGCGUCGCGGCCAUUUUGUUCUACGCCACGUUCUUAGCCUUUAGCACACAGUUUUCCUUUGUUACGUUUGCGAGUUUGUAAAAUUACCAGAAAAUAUAGCUGCGUGUGAGCAGU